AUCGAGAGCAAGCCCCUUUUGUUCGUCGCACCUCGCUUCGUGCUCAGAGUCUUCUUAGACGUCCCUCAUGGCGAAUUACCUGUCAUUGCGAUGAGGUAGAUGCUUUCAAAGCUAAUGGCUGUGGAGCCGAACUUGGAUAUUGUCGGGGUGACAAGAAGGAGGACAAUGACAGUGAUCACGCCAAGAUCAAAGAGAGUGAGCAUUUUUCUUAUCACCACCACGCUGAGGAAGAGGAAAUGGGUCGUACUGAACAAAGAGAAAAGAAAGAGCUCCAAUCUGUUUUACGAGUCCUGUCUAGUCCAGUAGGCUACGGCAGUUCUAAAACCGCUUUUCGCCUUUCAGAUGAGGAGACUCGCCUAUUCAAGGUCAAAAUACCUGACGUUCAACAACAACGAAAUGCUGUGGAACUGCUACCUCCAACAUAUUCUGCUUCUGCUCUACCUAGUCCUCCCACAACGUCUUCCACAACCGAUUUCGACAGCGACACAAAAGCAAGUAGACAAGACAAGACUCAAGAAGCUACGGAUAAAAUCCACGCAUUAAUCCAAAAAGCACAAGAAGACCAUGAUCAUGGUCUUCAAGAAGAAACUACUUCCUCCUGCUCGUCUAGAUCUCCCAGUCCACCUCCGAAAAAACCAUACUCGAUUCGUCCUGCACCAUAUUACACACACCCGCUAGAGUGCUCGCGCUCGGCGCUUACCGUGUUAGGAUCCUUUUUCCGGAACAAGCAUGUCCGAAACUACAACAUGACCAACUCUUGGGACGAGUUGACACGGCAACUGCAGUCUAAGAUACUGGCACUGCUGGGAAGAAGCAGCAAGCAACAAGUUGGAUCUUGUUUGUGUAUCCAGGAAGGUGGAAAAGCAAAUAACGAACCCUGCGGCUCAGGUCAAGUCCAUCAAGGAGGAGACCAGCUUCAGCAUCAUCAGCCAUCUUGUGCUCCUGCUGAUGGUAGGUCUUCGUGGCAAGACCUUUCGAACGUACUGGACGCUCUCUCGCGUGAAGAGCAUCCCUUUCAAGACGAGAAGACCUGGAUCGUCAAGUUCUGCCAUCACAAUGACUUGUCUCGCGAAAGCAAAAGCAGUGUGAUCUAUCAUGCUUAUCUGCAGCAGCAAGCGGGGAUGUUUCUGGCGAAGGAGUUUAAUCGAUUCGUGCAAGAAGCGGAACAAGGAACAGAGAAGGAACGAAUGAACAUGAAUCUCAGCACGAUGUUGAGUAAGCGUAUGGGAACUUCUCCUGCUGGAGAUGGAACUCCAACUGCUGCUGCUGCUGCUGCUGCUGGAGUUGUAAACAAAAUUGCGUACCUCCCAACGUUUGUGGUGCGACACGAAACCUCAGGUGAGCUAGGGCUCUUGGAGCCUGAGCUGCCGGUCUUUUCUCAGCCCCUCUUCGUUCGUUCGGGAACAGCAUGCGUUGAUAAACCAAUCCUGGUCAAAAAUUAAGGCAUGUUGCAUGAAGCGCGUCGAGUAGGUGCAGUUACAAUUUGUGCUGGUCUUCAUACCAAUAUCUGCGAGAAUAUCAAUGGGUUGCGCUGGUCUUGUGGAAUCGUGUCUCAUGGAUGCUCAAACUUAUGCUCAAACUUCAACUCCAAUCAUCCUACUUUCUAACGAACCAGCCGCCGACCAGGAUUAGCCACUGGUCUACAGGCGGCCGUGCAGCACACGCAGAUGAUGACGACGAAGGGUGCUGAUUAUGGGACCGAGAGAGUAGGGAAGAUUGAAAUGGAGCUUUUCACGGCUUUCCGCGAUUGGUGCAUGGCGACGCACGGCCUCCAGCCUUACGACCCGCAGGGUUUUUUUUGGCAUGAGGGGACGCUGUAUCUCACCGAUGCCUCGUUCAGCACGACGUCGUGGAAAGCUAAAAGUGCUGUUUAAAGAGUGUAUCUAAGGUCGUCUAAGUCAUUUCUAUGAUCCAUCACGAAGGAAGUCCCCACUCGGAGUGCGAAAAUUAUUCGAAAGAUCUCAUUCUCAUGCUCAGUAAGUUCUCUUCAGAUUUUCAAAGAAUAGUACGCAUCUAUGAGGAUAACUUACUGUCUAUCGAAUUGGUGACGUCUAGAAAGUACUUGUAACCAUGCGCCUACGUCAAGCAUUUGUUGAGCAUUUUGUUUAAUCUUGAAGGAGGUCGUAUGACGAGAGUCAGCCGAGAAACCUUGUAGUUGUAUGAAAUGAAACUUAAAGGUAGACACUUGUACUAUUUAACGGCGACCUGCUAAAUAGAUGAAGAUCAUAUGAAGAUUUCUAGCACGACCCAGAACAUUGAAAAAUAUUUGCGGCAGUCGCAGGGGCAGAUCUAAUGAUCUUAUUAGGACUUCUGUUUUUUGAUAAGCCUCCCCUGUGUAUCGUCCCUUUGUUUCACACGAAUACUUUUUUUUCGAAGGAAGAUAGAUGCCCCACUGGAUUUUCUACGUUCUUUAGCCUACGGCAUUUACAUUUCAUGUGACACAACCCGAUGCA